AUGGCCAACGCAAAGGGCACUCAAGUUCAGAGUAAACCAAAAAAUCCAAAAUCGGAGGCUUGUCCUUGGCUCUGCAAUUUAGUGCCCACCAAUGUGCCAGGGCCAGGUCAAGCUCAAGCCGUUCUACAUCCUGGGAAAGACGUUUUUGUGUUAAAGGUGGCCAAAGUCGGUGCAAAUGGCGAUCGCCGGUGCAAGAUGGAACUUGAGCUGGUAACUCCAAAGAGCGCUGACAAAAAUGCUCCUUAUCGAGUAGACACGAGAGACACACAAUGCGAUCCCGACCCGCCGCCGUGUGGUUGCUGUAAUAGGAUUUGUAAGAAGAAAAGAAAAUAG